CAUGAACGACCAAAAUGGCGACUGCAUUUAGCUCUGGAAGCCAGAGCCCUACAUCACUUUCUCGGACUAUAGAUCGCGUAUUUGAAGAUGCACAACACACGGGUGAAAUUAACUUAAGUGGAAGGAAAUUAAAGGAGUAUCCCAAAAGUGUCUCCGCUAAAUAUGACUUGGUAGAUACGAUUGGAGCAGAUCUGUCAAAGAACAGACUGCAAGAUGUGCCAAAGGAGGUGUGUGACUUUGGGUCCAUGGAGAAGCUCAACUGCUACCACAAUGUACUCAAAUUUCUGCCCGACGCCUUGGUCCAACUUCAGGCCCUUACUCAUCUGAAUAUCAGUCGAAACCAGCUGUCCAUGAUCCCGACGUUUAUAUCCCAGUUACACCAACUGGAGGUCCUGAUUGCUAGUCACAAUAAGCUGGUCUCACUUCCUGAAGAGAUUGGUGUCCUGGAUAAACUCAUGGAAAUAGAUGUGAGUUGUAAUGAGAUUUCACACCUUCCUAGCCAGAUAGGAGACUUGAAGUCUCUCCGAUCCCUCAAUGUUCGGCGCAACCUUUUGAUUGAAUUACCAAUAGAAAUUAGUAAAUUAAAUCUACGAAAGCUGGACUUUUCAAGCAAUAAAAUCUCCAAGAUACCCACAUUGUUUCGAAAAAUAGAAACCUUAGAAGAAAUAGUCCUUGACAACAAUCCGUUAACCCAGCCACCAGCUCACGUAUGUACCAAAGGUAAACAGCACAUCAUGAAGUUCCUUCAGAUAGAGGCUAUCAGGGAGGAGAGGAAAAGAGGCGUCAUGAACGAUGCUGAAAUGAAACGUCUCAGAAAAUCUCUACCACCACAGCAGUCCCUAUCAUCAGAGGAAUUCCGCAACAUGUUGGAGUCACCAGAGAGUAAGGCCUGGAAACGUCACACGGUGCUGAGUAGUGACUCUGGGUACAGCACCACCGACAGCAUAGAGAAAUGUGGCUGGUCGACUACAGAGCAGACAAACGGAGACAUCAGCCACAUGGACGAGGCAUCUCAUCUCUCGCUGAAAACCGCAGAGAUGGUUCGGGAACAACGUCAUGUGAGAGAUUUGGACUAUCGUCACCGGCUGCUUCCGCACGAACUGAAACACCAUCCUCCUCCUCCAAUAACAUUGGUCCCACAAUCCGACUUACCACCCAAAUCUCCAGCCCUUACCCCCAAAACUCCUACCCCACAGCAUAACCAGCAUCCCAUGUAUUCACAGGCCCCUCCCCCACGUAGCCCGGAAGGCUACCAGUCGAGCAGUCCACAGCUGACCCCCGACACGCCGGUCGCUGUCCAAGCACAGGGCUUUGAUGACCAGAUUUCCAGGGAGCUUCAGCGUCAGAAAUCUGAUUAUGAACGAAGGAAGAAGAUGGCGGAGCAGCUGAGGAUGCAGCAGGAACAGGAGGAUGAAAAGGAGCAGCGUAGACGUGCCGCAAUCAGGCUGCAGGAGGAGCAGAGAGCACUGCUGGACCGGCAGCGCGGCGAGAUGCGCGCUCAGGAAGAUGCAAGGCUGGAAGCACAGAGACAGGAGGAGGUGCGGAAGAGAGAGGAGGCUCGACUACAGGAGGAAGCACAGAGACAGGAGGAAGCAAGGUUAAGGGAAGAUCAAAGACAGAAGGACGAAGCACGGAAGAUGGAAGAACAGAAACAGCAUGAGGAUUCACAAAAGUACAAAGUGGAAAACAAUUACGGGUACCUGCACAACACUUGGCAUGCACCUGACCCCCCGACCGGGUACUCUGGGUACUCAUCAACGGGGUACUCACCAACGGGGUACUCUCCUACAGGGUACUCGUAUGGGAAUCGCUAUGACAGCAGUCCAACGGAUACCUAUAGCAUGCAAUAUGGAAAACCAGGCCCUACGUCACAAAGUUUUAAAGAGGAGCGGAAAACGACGUCUAGUAACACCCAUUACCGAAGAACGGCAUCUGACAGUACCCCUAAACACCCCCAGUCAUCCAUCCCCCAUAAUCCCAGUCGCUCAAAUCAUGUUAAGAAUGGUCCCUCCAACCCAAGAAAUCCUUCUGGAUCAUCGUCCACGUCACUCGUGUCGCCAAGUCCUAGUCCCCGUUCGUCCAUCGGAUCCGCUGGACCGAGUCCAGCCUCAUCAACAUCGUCUGUCAAUAAAGCUGGUGAAUCAAAACAGAUUCCAAGUUCAGUGGCAAGACGAGGUAAAAUAUCCGAGCGUGUUGCUGCAUCCACGAACCCCACAAAGGGCCCUGCCGGUGUGGAGCGUCAUGGGCGAGCGACGACAGCAUCCACGACGGGUACUGUUGGUCGUCAACCAGCUAUGUCAAAAACGUUACCAACUACAGCAUCAACAAACAGUGCCAGGAAAAACCAUGUAACACCUGAGGAAGAGUUUCGACAGAAACACCAGUCUUUGAAGACUUCACAACAUCAGGAGGCACAGAGAGCCAAGUCACGCCUCGACGACCCAAACAAACUCCGCCAGACUCAGAGAGAGGCCGUCAACAACUUUGUAUCCAAGAGACAAAGCAGUACAUCAUCUGAUGAAGACAAGAAGAAAAUCCUGGCACCCCGCACCAGUUAUUCCUCUGUGUCUGCCAAACGUCAGGGAGCAGUCCUGUCAAAUAGCACGAUGAAAGUGAUAGACAGUUACAAGGACUCGGAUCCAAAUUUUACGAUCCGGCGGCAGAUGGAUCAACAGAGAGAGGAAGUUGAAACCAUGGAAAGUUUAAGAAGGACGAUUGAGACCAAGUUAAAGGUGACGCUUCCGGAAAAUAUCCAGGAUGUACUACGAGAUGGUGUGCUGCUUUGUCAGCUCGCAAACAGUAUCCGACCCCGCUCUGUCACCAGUAUACAUGUCCCUUCUCCAGCUGUGCCAAAACUCACCCUGGCCAAAUGUCGGAAAAAUGUGGAAAACUUUCUAGAGGCUUGUCGGAAAAUUGGAGUAAAUAGGGAUCAAAUUUGUGCUGCACAAGAUAUUUUGGAAGAGAAAGGGAUCUCGAGAGUAGCAGUGACCAUAUCUGCUCUAGUUGCCAUAGCAACCAAUCCGAGGUCCUCUAAUGUCUGACAGUAUCCGAGAAUGUCCAGACAAACAUCUAAAAUACAACGUCACAAAUACGGAAAGCUUAUAUUGAUGUCUGAUAUCGGUGUCAAUGUCUCUUUCCGCAUUUGGAGAGGUGAGCUGACUACAUGGGCUCAGGGCCAGAUCAAGCCAAUCUUAAAUGGUCAAAACUUUCAUACAAUUACCAUAUUUCGUAUGACCUGCCAUAUUUGGUAAAAACUACCACCUUCGUUAAAAAAAAGUAGGCUAUUGUCCUAAUUGAUUUUGCCAGCAUAAUUGGUAGGACCAGACAUAGGGCCAUUUUUUGGUAGAAUUACCAGAGCUUUAAGAUUGCAUGCACCACUACAACUGUCAGUUGUCGUCUGCUCUUCAGGAGAGCUGCAGAGGAACACGUUUGGUGCCUGGUUGCCUUCUGUUGGUAACUGCAUGGUAUUGUCUUAUGUUGUCUUAUACCAAUAUAUAUAAAAAGUAAGCUGCAUUAGUUGUGUUGACUACACCGUACAUCUUUGUAAGUUGUUGUCAUGCACUGGCAUCAGUGGCCACCAUUAAGUCAGGUGGCAUUGACAACUAAAGUGGAACAGUACCAAUACUAUCAGAUGCAAGUUGCAUUGGCAACUACUUUUCACUAUUGGUCAAAACCAAUAGUAUGAACUGCCUUAUAUGGUCUCUAUUGACAUGUCCGAUCUAGUCAAGGGCAGAUAAGUCUUGCUAGCUAUCAUGCAGCUGUUCUGAUGAUGACAACGUGUCUCCUGUGACACUACAGGCUGAUCAAUGACCAUACAUACAAUUUGUGAUAUUUUUUGUGACUUAUUUAAGUCUUGGUAAUUUUUUCUCUCUUGUCCUGCAUUUUACAGGGCAAAGUUUCUUGUUCUUCGUUUAGCCAUGAAAUAUAUGUAACCUUGUGAUCUAUAAGUUGAUAAAGUUUCUGCACCUAAUGACCCUAACCUACUGGAGUUGCACUCCCAAUUAAACCAGAGUGUUUAGUGUAUGCUAUGCCCUUUUUUUAUCUUUGUUAAACAUUUCUGCAUGACUGUGCUCAGAAACGCCCGUAAAUCAUACACACAUUUAUGUAGUAUACAGAGAAUGUAUUUAUGCCUUCAGUAACUACAGAUCAAGAUUUUUUACUAGAUACCUGUUAUUAAACAAGAAGAAGGAAAAAUAUAUAAAAAAAAAAAAGAAAUAUAACAAUGUUUCAACUUCAGAAGAAAACAAAAUUUAAGAAAGGAAAUGGUGGAUGUAUUUCGAAGAGAAAAGACAAUUUUUAUAAUAUAUAUCUUGUUAUAGUGGUUACAUAUAUGUAGACUUAAGGGAAUGUGUGAAGUACUAAUCAAAGGAGAUAUUACAUCUGUACAUACUGUAAUGGCUAGGUAAUAGGGGGUAAGGAGGGUAAAAUAUAGGUCAGAACUGGUUACUAUACAAUUUAGAAAAAACAAGAAGAUUACUUAUCCACAAUUAUUUUUCUGUACUACAAAAUUUGAGAAAUAAAAAUUGUCUUUUUCUGGUAAAUUGAAAGAUUGAAUUAAAAUGUGUGAGAUUAUUGCAUUGUUAAAUAAUAAUAAAAAUACUAAGGAUUUUCUUAUAAAAGAAUUUGGAUAUUAUUUGUAAAAAAGAUACAAAUUCUUUUAUGUCAUCAUGAAUAUGAUUGAGAUUGAUGUGACCAACCUUUCCCACUCUUUUACACUAAAAGAUAAAACAGUUAUCAAUGUAAAAUAUAACUUAGGUUUAAUGGUAUCAUUUACACUAGAUAUUGUUGAUCCUGUAAAAGAAGCAGGCCUCUUUGUUAAAUACAUACAGUUAUAUAAGAUGUUCAGAUAUUUAUGACAAAUAUUUUAAUUUGACUGCAGGCAGUCAAAAUAAGCUUCCAUUGAAGACAUGCUACAUAAACUAGGUCAAUCUUAAAUAUCCGUGUAGACAUCAUGCUACAUAAACUAGGUCGACCUUAAAUAUCCGUGUAGACAUCGUGCUACAUAAACUAGGUCGACCUUAAAUAUCCUUGUAGACAUCAUGCUACAUAAACUAAGUCAAUCUUAUAUAUCCGUGUAGACAUCAUGCUACAUAAACUAGGUCAAUCUCAAAUAUUCGUGUAGACAUCAUGCUACAUAAACUAGGUGAAUCUUAAAUAUCCGUGUAGCUGUCAUGCUACAUAAACUAGGUCAAUCUUAAAUAUUCGUGUAGACAUCAUGCUACAUAAACUAGGUCAAUCUUAAAUAUCCGUGUAGCUGUCAUGCUACAUAAACUAGGUCAAUCUUAAAUAUCCGUGUAGACGUCAUGCUACAUAAACUAGGUCAAUCUUAAAUAUCCGUGUAGACGUCAUGCUACAUAAACUAGUUCAAUCUUAAAUAUCCUUGUAGACAUCAUGCUACAUAAACUACGUCAAUCUUAAAUAUCCUUGUAGACAUCAUGCUACAUAAACUAAGUCAAUCUUAAAUAUCUGUGUAGACAUCAUGCUACAUAAACUAGGUCAAUCAUCAAUAUCCGUGUAGACAUCAUGCUACAUAAACAAGAUUAAAAAAUACAUAAAUGGUAAGUAAAGAUUAAACACAUGUAGAACUGGUUGGAAUGAUGGAUGUUUCGGUAGUUAUUUGACCAUAGUAAUACAUUUACAUUCAAGUAUAAUCAGUAUCCUUUUGGAGGACAUUUAUCUGCUUAUUCUGUAUUAAAAUGCAGGUCCAAUUAUAGAUUCCCAACUAUGUUAUAGUUGUGCUCGGUGAUAAGCCCACCCCUUACUUUUGACCUAUUAAUGCACAGACUCGCUCGGCUGAUCACUGGUAAAAUAGCCGUACUAUAGAUAUAUAAUAGCUGUCUCCAUGGUGAUUUACAGACCUCCUACAUAGUGCUAGCUUACAAGUCCCUGCCACUCUACCAAGGCUUCUGGUGAUCUAUUAUCGGCCACAUCGAAACCAAUUGGAAAGCACUGCGUUCAUUAAUAAUGUCUCAAAGGAAUACUAUAUAUAAUUACAUAGUAUAUGUGUACAUGUAUAUACAUCAUAUAAGUUAAUUUUUUACUUUUGUUGAAAGACUUUGGCAUAGCAUUAUUUUUUGUUGGAGCAUAUCAAAAACCACUUUCAAAUACUUAAGUUUCUGUCUUUUGUAAACCAUGUUCGUCUUGUGUGUACAUUUUUAACUCCUUGUGGUAAAGUUUCGUGUAGAGGAGUUAUAAUGAUGGAGAUGGAAACAUUUUAUCAAAAGAGUUAUUAUCACAUGAGGAAUUUGAACAAGGAUUCAGACAUGGUACUGGAAGUGAAGAGAUAUUCUGUUUUCCACACUGUUGUCCGAAUGCCUUCAGAGCCCUGACUGGCAGGAACUUUAUGCCAAAUUCGAAACAUUGAAGGAAUUGAGAGGAUUGAGAAUGGUUUGGUUGUUAUGGCAACAUGUUCCACAGAAAAUGCUGAAUCUGUCAGUAUUUUCGCGCCUAAUAUGUAUGUUCCCGUUAGGCAAGCAAGGUACAACAUAUAAUUUUGAAAGAAGAUUCAGGAACACAUUUUUUUUAAAAUUGAUUUCCAAAUAAUAUUUGUGUUUCAAAGAUAACUGGAGGGGGGAUAAUGUGGAAGUGAAUGUUUCACUAAAUUGAAUUAGGAUUAUAAGAAAGAUAUUAAUCUUGGCUGAUUAUUUCACCACAUUGUGCAGUAUCUAAUGGAUCAUGUUUGUAUUCAUGAUUCAUGAUGUGCUUUUAAGUUUUUGGGUCUUUUGAACAAGAUGAAAAACAUUAACAAUGUAGUAUAUAGGUUAAAUCAAAGCUCGUUUGAACAUUGAGGAAAAUGUGAUGAUCUGUAUUGUUUUCCCAAUCCCCUACCAGAUAUUAUGGCGUAUCGUCUGUCUCCAGUGACUGCGUGUCUUCAGAGGCUAGAAUGUGAUGCUGGAGAAAUGUCUGGUUCCCAGGACGUAAACAAGUCAAUAAUUGUUCCUGAAGUAGAAGGUCCAACGACUUUGUUGAAGUUGUUGUGGCCUUGACAAGCUUUGAGAUAAAUGUUGUGUCGGACAUUGUGAUCCACUGGAAUAGGUCCAGGUAUAUUCUAUCAAAGUUAAUAGUCACAGCUCCAACGCAAAUCUAUAUGCUCAGUGUGUUUAAUAAAAAAAAAAGGGUUUGCUUAAUUUUCGAUCGUUACAUCAAAUUUUGUAUUGUUUUCCUGGUAAAAUAGGUAUCUUGAUAUAAUCAGUGUAGAACUGAAGUAAAGUAGGAUUAAGACAUGGUAGUUGUGGAAACACUGGGUUAAACUCUUUAGAUUCUCCUGGAAUGGUGUGCUGUCACCAGGAGGCAAUGUCCCUAGAUUCUCCUGGAAUGGUGUGCUGUGACCAGGAGGCAAUGUCAAAUGCAUACACAUUCUUUCUGGAAUAUUUGCAUUUGUUUUAGCAAUGUGGAAUAAAAGAUUCCGCAGAAAACAGUUAUUGAAGUCAUUCCCAUUUUUUAUAGAUUUUACGUAGUGUGGUUGUCUAGCUAUGAAUCGGGAAUUACAGACUCCUUUUCCGGCCUUCAGCUUCAGUUUUUGAAACUGCAGACAACAGCUGGAAUAUGCAAAUAUGUGUUGGGUCGUUGUCAAUGUGUUCUAUAGACCUUGUAUGUGAUGAAAGCCUCAAUAUUUGUGAUAUUGUUUUAAAUGUCUUCUCCUGCAAUGUUCAUCGGCCUGUUUGGCAUUACUUAUUAUUAUUUAUACCGGUUUUAAUUUACAGAUGUGUAAUAAUAGAAAAAAAGUGUAUAUUUUGUGUUCUAUCCAUGAUUUCUGUUCAUUCAGCAUGCUUUAUCUUGGAAUACAUUUUCAUUAUCAUGAUUGACUGUAUUACAAACAAUGCUUUUUAUAGGAAAUGUACCUUCAAAAACUAAACCAAAUAAAAAACUGACGAAAAGUGAAGAACUCUU